CUGGCAUUGAGAGUAGAGUCACCAUGGCAUAACAACACACAAUUCAACAGAUUACAGAAAAACUUUAAAUCUCAUCGCUUGAUUUGAGUUAAAUCAUGGCAGACGAAUUAAAGGCCGAGACGCUCGUCACGCAAGCGACUGACGUGAGAGGAGCGGCGAAGAUUUACUACACUCUCGCCGUGGAGAAGAUCAGAGAUGUUGUAUCAUCACUUCCUGAUGACAUACGGCCUGGUCCUGACUUAUAUGGACUUCCUUGGGAAGCUGUGGUUUUUACAUGCUUUUUCGGUUUAUGCACACUGCUUCUGUUCAGCUACAGGUUUAUCCACUGCAUCAAAAGCAGACUUUAUGCAAGCAAAGAGAAACAGAUGGCUCAGAAAGUUGCAGAACUGUUGGAUGAAAAGUGCAAAGUGCUGGAGACGUUCAGUGAGGUCAAACAAAAGUAUGAGAAACUGGAAUCAACACUUCAAAACAGUGGAAUAUCUGCUCAAACUGCAGAAAAAGAAAGUUUAGAGUUGGCAUCACAGAAGCUUGAGCAAUCAAACACCCAGGUGAAAAAAGAAAUUGAACGGCUACAGGAGGAGCUGUCCCAUCAAAACAAAGCAAGAAAACAGCAAGAGGAUCAGCUUGCUGAGCUCGAGCAGAUUUUAAGGAAUUUGGAAGGAGAAGCUAAACAACGAAAGUCACAGUUGGAACAGGACAACACGACUCUGAAGAUUCACGAGAUCAACACGGAGCGACUGCAGAAGAACCUGCAGGCAGCUAAAGAAGAGCAUGAAAUGCUGCUUGAGAGUAAAGCCCAGCUGGUUCUGGAGGCUGAGGUGUGGAAUGAACGUCUCGGUGAGUUAGAGGAGGAGAUGAAGCUGUGUGAAAGAUCUCACGCUGGCAUGAUGGAGGACUGUGCUAACAAAGACGAACGCAUUAAGUCCCUGACAGAAUGCCUUCUGAAGAUGAAAGACUGGAAUUCUGAAGACGACACCAUUGACGGCAGCAACAAUAAAGCCGGAACUGAGAACGGCGACAGUUCAGAUUUCCGCCAGAAGCAGAAAGUACAGAAACUUAUUGAAGCAGCCAAGAUGAGUGCAGACUUGAAGUCCAUGGAGGAAGAUAAGAACAGAGUGUUCGCCAAACUCGCAGACGAGAUGAAAGCCAAAGAAGAUCUCCAAGGGGGCAUCAAGGAAUUUCAGGAGGAUAAAGAGGUGUUGGAGUCGGAAAGUGCCAAAUACUCCAGUGAAAUCCAGAAACUCCAGCAGAAACUGCAGAUCAUGACUGAGAUGUACCAGGAGAAUGAACUCAAACUUCACAGAAUGUUAACGGUGGAGGAAAAGGAACGCUUACAGAAGGAAGAGAAGCUCAACAAAGCAGGCAAAAAGAUCAGUCUCGCUGCUGAGGAGCUCAACACGUACAGACAAAGAGCCAAAGACCUGGAAGAGGAGCUGGAUAGGACCUCACAAGCUUACAAGAAUCAGGUUGCUUCUCAUGAGAAAAGGGCUCAUGAUAACUGGCUGGCGGCAAGAGCAGCGGAUCGAGAUCUAGCGGAUGUCAAAAGAGAAAACUCUAAUCUCCGCCAGAGGCUGACAGAUUCCCAGUUUAAGCUGGAGAUUCUUGAAAAGGAUCCGUAUGUACGAGAGGGCAGACCUUUACUUCGAGGUGAGAGAUCUCCCUAUGGGCCCUCUCCUCUUGGCCGACCAUCCUCAGAAACACGGGCCUUUCUCUCUCCACCUACACUGAUGGACGGCCCCCCUCGACUCUCACCACAGUUUAUAAUGGGCCCUGGUGCUAGAGUGUCCCGUGGCGUGGUAGAGCCCCCUAUUGGUGGGCCAGACUUUGAGCGGAGUGGCCCUCGCUCUGAUAGUGGCUCACUGUCACCCUCCUGGGACAGGGAACGCAGGGGCCCUUCUGGCCCUCCAGGUCACCCUCUCCCAGACCCAGGUUUGCCUUAUAGGAGGCCGCCUCCAGGGCCGUACCCGAUGGGCCCUUUACCUCCUAGACCACCACAUCCUGAUUCAGGAUACUUUGGUGACAAAUCAGUCAGUGGUAAUGAAAACAGAGACGGUCCCCACUCAAUGCCUGGUGACAUGAGAAUGCACCCUGAUCCAGAUUCGAGAAUGGGACCUCUUCCCGGUCCCCCAUUAAUGAGAAUGCCGCCACCAAUGGACCCCAGAAAUCCACACAUCCCACUCAGGGGCCCUUAUGGACCACCAGACUUCUUUCCACCCCGUGGACCUGCUGGUCCACCCAUAGGCAUGCGAGGGCCACUCCCCCCUGGGAUGUUUCCCAGAGCUCCGCUGCCAUUCCCUCAACAUAUGGGCUAUCUGCCACCAAGACCCCCAUCUGACAAUUUUCCCCCUGGACCACCUCCCAGGCCUUCCUCACCAGGAAGCGAGCAGCCCCCUGAACAGUCGCCUUCACCUCACGAUGUCAUCUGAUCUGACUGAGUCGCUCCGCCUCCCCAGCCUACCGUUUGUGACUUCCUGUUGUUGUUGUACUCAGGGGGUGUUUCCUUAGAUAUUUAGCCGCAGUAGCAAUGUGGUGAUCUCUUGUCUGAGUUUGAACUUGAGUGCAAAGCCUAGUAAAGGAUACGGCACAUGCUACUGGUUAUUUUAUGAAGAGGAAUCAUUUGUCAAACGGAUCUCUGUAUUUGAGGUACAGUGUGAGACCUAGUGUAUUAUGUAAAUCUGUAUGUUUGAAAAGUCAACCGGACUGCUUUUAACAGGAUUAUAAAUGCUCAGGAUUGUAAUGGUUUUUAAAUGGAAGGUAGUUGAUGCAAGGUCCACAUAUUUGUCAAACUGUAUAUAGAAUUUGUAACGAGUAUAUAUUGUGAAUAGGAUGUUGAUUGAAGACACCACUGGUGACUCGCUUAACAAAACAAAAGUCCAGAGAACCGUCCUUGUAGUUAAUGGUAUUUAUAGUUUCCUUUAACAAGUUAUGCCUUAAAGGUGGUCUGAUCAAAUAAACUUGUGAACAUUGAA